GAAAAAGAAGGAGGAGGAGGCGUGUCGCAAACUCACCAGCAGUUGAUUCAAGACAUAGAAGCAGUUGGAGUAGUCUAGACGAAUCAGUCCGUGUUUUCGACUCAUCGCCACCAGUGGUUCCUCAGUAACGCUUCGCGAAGCUCGACGUAGGCGGAAGAUGUCGAUCAAAAGUCCAACAGUCAACAAGAAUCCGUUCUACGACCCAGACGACGAUGAUGUUGACGACGACACUUUCGUCAAUUACAGAGCCAGGGCCUAUGAUAAUGCAGAGCACCGAAUGUACGAAGAGAAGCGCCAGCAGCUCCUCGAGGAGCGUCGGGAAGUCGAGGAUCGGAUGCUCCAGAGCUCGAGCUCCGCCGUUCGAGCGCUCUAUGAAACAGAGCAGAUCGGAAUCGAAACAGCUGAUGAGUUAGUUCGCCAGGGUGAGCAACUCAAGAAAGUCGAUCGGAAUCUCGAUGACAUACACAACGUGACCAAGACAACUCAGAAGCACCUGACGGCUAUGAAGAGCGUCUUCAGUGGUUUCAAAAACUACUUUGGCAGGUCGAACAACACAGAGAAUUCGACUAGCCAAAUGAAGUCUUCGACGCCCGAGGAGCAGCCGUCUAGUGCUCUCGCCGCAGCUGCAAAGAAGGUGAGAGGUGACGCUGAAAGCGCUAGACAGAAGAAUCAUCCGGCUCUCAGGAGUCGUUUCGAUACCUCCGGUUUCGGGGCAGCGGAUGACGACGAUGAUGCCGCCGUGGGGAACGACAAAGCUUACAAAAAUCGACCCAUGACUCGAUCUGAAAUGGUCGAGCAUAAGUUGAACAAGGAUCUCACUGAACUCAGCUCCGGGAUGAGUCGCCUGAAAACGUUGGCCCAAGGUCUGAGCUCCGAGCUGGACGAACAAUGCGACCUGAUAAGUACUAUUGAUAACAAAGUUGACACGGCCGACGUCAUAAUCAGCUCCCAAACGAAGCAAAUGAACCGACUGCUUAAGAAAUAGGUCGCCAUUCCGAAAAUGAAUCUGUCCGCGAAUCCUCCCCUGUAAGAUUUACAUUGUUUGUUAGAACCUCUUCAGUGCUGUUCAUUUUACUUAGGGCACUUUGAAAGAGAAAUCGUUUUUUCCGUUUUACUUGAUAUCUCCUCAUGAUAUCGAAGGUUGUUGAUACAGCGCAAUGCGUGUUGGUGUACAUACGGAUACCCAUUGAAAUCUAUCGUUGAAGUACGAAUCGACGAAAGCAUGAAACAUGAUUAUUAUAGCUGAGAAUAAAUGAAGAAUACUAAGGAACGAAGAUAA